AUUUACAGGUUCUUGAAUGCUGGAGUAUUUGGCAAUGGAACAGAAAGUUGUCAUACAUUGCCACACUCAGCAACAAGGGCAGCUAUGCUUGUUAGGAUCAACACUCUGCUUCAAGGCUACUCUGGCAUUAGAUUUGAAAUCUUGGAAGCAAUUACAAAGUUGAUCAACAGUAACAUCACCCCAUGUUUGCCCCUCCGUGGCACGCUCACUGCCUCGGGUGAUCUAGUCCCUCUAUCCUACAUUGCUGGUUUGCUCAUUGGUAGGCCUAAUUCCAAGGCUGUUGGACCCAAUGGUGAGAUACUUAAUGCUGAAGAAGCGUUUCGCGUUGCUGGUAUUAGUGGUGGAUUUUUCGAGUUCCAGCCUAAGGAAGGAUUUGCAAUUACAAAUAGCACAGCAGUUGGUUCUGGUAUGGCAUCAAUUGUCCUGUUUGAGUCCAACAUUCUUGUUGUAAUGUCUGAAGUUUUAUCAGCGAUUUUCGCUGAAGUGAUGAAUGGAAAGCCUGAAUUCACUGACCAUUUGACACACAAGUUGAAGUAUCAUCCUGGUCAAAUUGAGGCUGCUGCUAUUAUGGAACAUAUUUUGGAUGGCAGCUCUUAUGUGAAGGCAGCUCAAAAGCUUCAUGAAAUGGAUCCUCUUCAAAAACCAAAGCAAGAUCGUUAUGCUCUCCGAACAUCUCCACAAUGGCUUGGACCUCAAAUUGAAAUCAUUCGUGCUGCAACUAAGAUGAUUGAGAGGGAGAUUAACUCAGUGAAUGACAAUCCGUUGAUCGAUGUUUCAAGAAGCAAGGCAUUGCAUGGUGGUAAUUUCCAAGGCACCCCUGUUGGUGUCUCUAUGGAUAAUACAAGAUUGGCUCUUGCAUCAAUUGGGAAAUUGAUGUUUGCUCAGUUCUCGGAACUUGUCAACGACUAUUACAACAAUGGGUUGCCAUCUAAUCUCACAGGAGGAAGGGAUCCAAGCUUGGACUAUGGUUUCAAGGGAGCUGAAAUCGCGAUGGCUUCUUACUGCUCGGAACUUCAGUUCUUGGCAAAUCCAGUCACUAACCAUGUCCAAAGUGCUGAGCAACACAACCAAGAUGUGAACUCCUUGGGCUUAAUCUCCGCUAGGAAAACAGCUGAGGCUGUCGAUAUCUUGAAGCUAAUGUCAUCAACCUAUUUAGUGGCACUUUGCCAAUCUAUAGACUUGAGGCAUUUGGAGGAAAACUUGAAGAAUGCAGUAAAGGACACAGUUAGCCAAGUAGCAAAGAGAACUUUGACAAUGGAUGCUAAUGGUGAGCUUCAUCCAGCAAGAUUCUGCGAAAAGGAAUUGCUUCUAGUCGUGGACAGGGAAUACUUGUUUGCCUAUGCUGAUGAUCCUUGCAGUUCCAACUACCCUUUGAUGCAGAAGCUGAGACAAGUCCUUGUUGAUUAUGCAAUGAAGAAUGGUGAAAGUGAGAAAAAUGUGAACAGCUCAAUCUUCCAAAAAAUUGGAGCUUUCGAGGACGAAUUAAAGGUUGUGUUGCCUGAUGAAGUAGAGAAUGCAAGAGUUGUUCUUGAAGGUGGAAGCCCUUUAAUUCCUAACAGGAUCACAGAAUGCAGAUCAUAUCCAUUGUACAGGUUUGUAAGGAAAGAACUUGGAACAGAAUUGUUGACAGGAGAAAGAGUCCGAUCGCCCGGCGAGGAUGUUGACAAGGUGUUCACAGCAUUGUGCAAUGGACAAAUCAUUGAUCCAUUGUUGGAGUGUCUCAAGAGCUGGAAUGGUGCUCCUCUUCCAAUCUUUUAGGUGUCUUGCAAAAAAAAAAAGACCUUUUUUGAAAGCAAUGGUGAAAAAGAUGUCCUGUAUUUGGAUUUGGCUUUGUUUUUUUUCUUGGAUAUGUUUGUUUCAGGUUGUUUAACACAAGACAACAAUAAAUAUGUUUUUAGUUUCAAAUAAGUUGGGUCUAAGAAUCCUCAUUUCUAUAUUAAAGUUCAACUCAUGUCAUCACCAUUUUAUAUUA